UAUUCCCCAUCACCCAACUAAGCCAUCCUUCCUCCUUUCCACUUUCACAUCCUCUCUCUCUCUAGAGAAACCAUUUUUCCUCCUGAAGAUGAUGAGAAGUGGAAGCAAAGGAGUGAGUUACAGUCCAGAUAUCAACGACCCAUAUAAUUUUUCUUUCAAAGAGAGCAGCAACAACCCAGUCGUUGCAGGAAACAAGAUAGGAAUUUCAGGGCUUCGUAGUUUCUCUCUACCCAGAAACAACACAGGCUUCUCUCCCAUAAGAUACCUGCAGCGUUUAGGUGCUAAGGUGGCAAGAACUAUAAGUCUGGUGUCAGUGCAGAGGAGGAGGAGAAGGAGGAGGUCUUCAUCUAAGGUUUCUUCCUCAAACUUAACAAGAUCAAGGACCUCCAUUGGCCCACUUGAUUCUCAUCAAGCUGAAGCUAUUGAAGAUUGUAUUGUGUUCAUCAACUCUUCUUCUUCCUUCCACAGAUCAAAUUCCAUCUCUGGUGUCUAAUCCUUUCUUUCUUCCUUUUUCUUUUUUUUUUUUUUUGGUCUCAUGGGUGAACAAAAGUAUGUGUUUUUACGUAUAAAAUGAAAGAAAUCUUCAUUGUAUUUAUGUAUUUGUUCAAUUAAAAUAAAUACCAUUUCGUCUCUUUAACUUC